AACGUCCACAUACAGUCCUCUCCUACUCCCUCUUCUCCCAUUUCUCUUCUCUCGAUUUUGAGUUUGAAUUUCAAUCCAUAUACGACAAUGCAGCACUUUCUCGAUUUACACGACGACCCGACCCAUUUCGGCGACCCGAAAUGGGAUCCCAACUCGUCCUCGACUCACCAUUCCUCCGCCGCCAACGGCAACCUCGACCGCGUCCUCUUCCAGGACCUCGUCGAGAUCGUCCCUCUCGUCCAGUCCCUCAUCGAUCGGAAAGCCAGCAGUUCAUUUACGCGCCGCGGUUCGGUUACGUACACCAAGAUGCCUUCCAGAGAAUCCUUGUCCAAAAAAGUGGCCAACAGGAAUGAGGCGCAGUCCAUUCCGGCAAGAAAGAAAAGGGAGACCACUGGUGACAACACUGAUGCUGACAGCGUUUCGAGUUUUUCAUCGAGGGCUGUGGCAGCGGAGAAGGAACAUGAGGAGUUGGAGGCGUUGAGGGUUCAGUUGGAGGAUCUGCACAGGAAAUUUUUGGAGAAAGAUGAACUCUUGAAGUCGUCGGAGAUGUCAAAGAAUGAAGUGAGUGCUGUUCAAGCAAAACUUGAGGAAGUGAAGCGCCAAGCUGUGGAAAAGGAUUCUCUAAUUAAGGCUUCUCAGCUACAACUAUCUGAUGCAAAGAUCAAGCUUGCUGACAAGCAAGCUGCUUUGGAGAAGUCGCAAUGGGAAGCUAUGACAUCGAACAAGAGCGCAGAGAAGCUCCGAACAGAGCUAGACUCUUUGCGAGGAGAUAUUUCCUCAAUUAUGACUAUAUUUGAAGGGUUGGUGAAAACUAUUACCAUUGCAGACACUGAAGAUUAUGAUAUUUCACCUUGUACUGUGGAUCAUCUACCAUAUAUUGAAGAUUGGGAUGAGAUGAAGAUGCAGAAUAUGGAAGCUGCUAGAAAAGCUUACGAAGCUGCUGUUGUUGCAGCAAGGGAAAGGCAAGAUGAAGAAUCUAUUGCAGCUGCAGCCAGUGCAAGGCUACACCUUCAAUCGUUUGUUUUGAAAUCCUGAAGUUAUGGUGGAGAGUUCAAAAGCUCUUAUUGAACUCGAUUGUAUGUUAGCUCCACUUUUAUUUUUCCCCAAAUAGUACUGGCGUCACACUUGUUUGUUAGCAAUAUGUUAUUUAUUUAUAACAUAGUACAGUAAGAUUUCCUAUUGGUAUCG